GGGAAACCAGAGUCCCAUUAUGGAGGGGGCAGGGUGGGGGGAGAGUUAUCAUGUUGGAUUCUGCCUGUUGUUAAGCUUUCUGGAAGUUGAAAUAGUGUUCACAAAAAUAUCAGAAAAGGAGACCACAUCCUGCCUCAUGUGUGGGUAGGAAGAGUGCAGAAGACUUGAUAAACCCUUAUCUGGGAAGACCUUCCUUUCAUUUGGGGUGUCUGGCAAGAUACAAAAAUGGGUGAAGCCAUGGUCCUCUCCACUCCCCCUCCCAUGCCCGGGCAAAAGAUGAAAAAGAAGGAUUCCCAGCGUCUUUGGAAGAAAUAGCACUUUCCACAGUGUCUUCAUGGCAUUUGUUCUUUUAACAAAUAUAUAUAUAUAUUGAGUGUCUAUAUGCCCAGCAUUGUUCUAGGUACUGGGGACAUGGUGGUGAAUCAAAGUUAUAUAGUUCAUGCUCUCAGAGAGUUUAUAUGCUGGUGGGGAGAGGCAGGAAAUGAAUAAGAAUAUAUCCUGGGCUUCCCUGGUGGCGCAGUGGUUGACAGUCCGCCUGCCGAUGCAGGGGACACGGGUUUGUGCCCCGGUCUGGGAGGAUCCCACAUGCCACGGAGCGGCUGGGCCCGUGAGCCAUGGCCACUGGGCCUGCGCGUCCGCAGCCUGUGCUCCUCAACGGGAGAGGCCACAGCAGUGAGAGGCCUGCGUACCGCAAAAAAAAAAAGAAAAAAAAAAAAAGAAUAUAUCCUGUAGUAAGUACAACUGAGAGAGAGAUUUGGGUGGUCAGGGAAGGCCUCUCUAAAGAGAUGACAUUUAGGCUUCAGCCUGAAUGGCAAGGAGUCAGCUCUUGGCAAAGACCGGGAGGAAGAGCCUUCCAGACAGAAGGGACAGGAAGUGCAAAGGCCCUGAGGCAGCAACAGAAAAAGUCAUUUUGAGUAACAAGAAGGAGGAGGCUACCAUGGUAAAGGAGAGCUAUCUGAAGUGAGGUGCGAAAGGGAGUGGGGGCUGAUUGGGUGGGCUCCUGUAGGCAAUAUGGGAAGGACUUGGAGUUUUAUUCAAACUGUAAUGGCAAGCUGUUAGAGGGUUUUAAGCAGAGAUGAGACACAAUCUGAUUUAUGUUAUGAAAAGAUCAGUUGGGCUGCUGGACGGAGAGUGGAUAGUAGGGAACGAGAGUAGAAGCAGAGAAGCCACUUAGGAGGCUCUCACUGAUAGAUUAGACAGGGGAAUUGGGAAAGAGGAAUCAAGUAUGACUCCUAGGUUUGUGGCCUGAGCUGCUGAGUGGACAUUGGGGCUAUUUAAUGCAAUGGGGACAACAGGGUUAAGAGGUUAAGACAAUGGGAUGGAAAUCAGGAGCUGUGUUUUGACCAUGCUAAGCUGAAAUGCCUGUUUGGUAACCAUGUGGGGCUGUGAGUAGACAGUUUAAUUUCGAGUCUGGAGUUCACUGGGUAGCUUAGGGAUAUAUAUAUAUAGGGAUACACACACACACACACACACACACACACACACAUACACACACAUAUAUUUGGGGUCAUAAGCAUUACUUCAUUUUAGUGGUGGGUUGGUAAACAGUCUCUCCAUAAAAAAAAAAAAAAACCUCUGAUUUUUGCUGUUUACUGAUUUCUGUGGUGUAAAUACUCUCACCAUGGCCGAUUUCAGGCUGCCAGUAACCACUGGCUUGCAAAAGUCCCGAAUAUUUAACAAUCAGCUCCUGGAGCCAUUGCCUCAUUUGCUCAUCAAAACAUCCCUUGAAGUUGGCAGGAAUAUCCAUUUGACAGAUGAGGCUUAGAGAGAUAAAGUGAUUUAUUCAAAGUCCACACAGGAAGCUGGUGGCAAAGUUAGGGGCCUCCUGACCCCCAGUUCACUCUGGCUUGCUGACUUGGGGAAUAAAACAGACUGCAGCAGGAAGCACUGUGGGAAAAUAUAAGGAAGAACUUCCCCCUGGAAAUGCUUAGAGGUCAUGGUUUAGGAUUUUUUUUUUUUUUUCUUUUUUUGUCUCACUUCCUUUUAAGAUGAUUUGGGACAAAUUAGGACUGAGAGGUCGCUGGAAAAGCCUUCAAGACAUAGGGACUUCAGGAUGCUUUUGGAAGUCAGGGGGCUGGAGGGAGCUGUUGUGUGUCUGUGGGGGCUUAGCUCCUGUGUCUCCCCCAGGACAGCGGAGCUGGUCGCCUCUCAUUCUGUACGAAGGUGUGCUACGGCAUUGGAGGGGUCCCCAACCAGGUGGCCUCCAGCGCCAUAGCCUUUUACCUGCAACUUUUCCUGCUCGAUGUGGCACAGAUCCCUGCUGCCCAGGUGUCACUUGUCCUGUUUGGAGGGAAGGUGUCUGGAGCAGCUGCCGACCCUUUGGCUGGGUUCUUCAUCAACAGAAGCAGGAGGACAGGGUCUGGACGACUCAUGCCCUGGGUGCUGGGCUGCACGCCGUUCAUUGCCUUGGCCUCCUUCUUCCUGUGGUUCCUGCCCCCCUUCACCAGCCUGCGCGGCCUCUGGUACACAGCCCUCUACUGCCUGUUCCAGGCCCUGACCACGGGAUGACCUUGGAGAUGGCAGGGACGCUGAUGGGAGCCACUGUCCACGGACUCAUCGUGUCUGGUGCCCACGGGUCCCACAGGUGCAAGGAGACUGCGCUCCCGGGACAAGUGGCCAUCUCCCCCAAUGCGACUCAUCUCUACUCCAUUGCAGCCACUGUGGUUGCUGUGACUUACCCCGUGUGCAGUAGUUUGCUCUGCCUGGGGGUGAAGGAGCGACCAGAUGCCUCUGCCCGAGCCUCCGGCCAGGGCCUGAGCUUCCUGGCUGGGCUGCGUCUCACAGUCCGGCACCCGCCCUACCUGAGUCUGGUCAUCUCCUUCCUGUUCAUCUCGGCAGCCGUUCAGGUGGAGCAGAGCUACCUGGUCCUGUUCUGUGCACACGCCUCCCGGCUACAUGACCAUGUGCAGAGCCUGGUGCUAACCAUCCUGGUCUCGGCAGUGCUGAGCACCCCGAUGUGGGAGUGGGUUCUGCAGCGAUUUGGGAAGAGGAUGUCGGCCUUCGGGAUCUUUGGGAUGGUGCCAUUUGCAAUCCUGCUGGCUGCUGUGCCCACAGCCCCCGUAGCGUACGUCGUGGCCUUUGUGUCUGGCGUGAGCAUCGCUGUGUCCUUGCUGCUACCCUGGUCCAUGCUUCCAGAUGUGGUGGAUGAAUUCCAGCUGCAGCACCAGCACGGCCCAGGGCUGGAGACCAUCUUCUACUCAUCCUAUGUCUUCUUCACCAAGCUUUCAGGUGCAGGCGCCCUGGGCAUCUCCACUCUCAGCCUGGACUUUGCGGGGUAUGAGUCAGGGGCCUGCAAGCAGGCGGAGCAGGUAGUGGUGACCCUCAAAGUCCUCAUCGGCGCCAUGCCCGCCUGCAUGAUCCUCAUCGGCCUGUGCAUCCUCAUGGUCGGCCCCACUGCAAAGGUGCCAAGUCGGAACAGCUCCCGCUCCCUUGGGAGGAGGACCAGCUACAGCCUCGCUUGAAUUUGAGACUCCUGUGAGCUGGAACGGCAGGAGCAGUGUCUUCUGGGCUCCAAGUCCCCCUUUCUUCUCAGCCCUUCGGCACCCCUGCUUCACAGUUUACACACGACCCGUCUUUUCCCCUGGGAUAUGGUGUCUUCGGUGACUCUCCUGAAGGGAGUGGCCUGGGCUCCAGGACCCUCGCCUGUCAUGUCUUGCCUGUUGACUGCAGGACAUCUCAGAUAGGCCUGUGCCCCUGACUACCCAGCUCCAGGCAACCUGUGACCUGGAAAGCAUACCAGUAGCAACUAUUCCUGGAAAAAGGAAGCCCCUACCAGCCUGGUCUGCAGACUUCCUGUGGGAGCACCAGGCCCACCAACCUGCUUGGACGGCAAAGCUACCUGACAGCACAGACACACGGAACUCGUUUCCCCUGAUGUUCCACUGGAUGUCUGAGAGAGGCUGACAGCACGUGAGUGGGCAGAGUGGGGACAGGUGGACAUGCUGGGAUGUCCAAUUAGGAGAGAGACCGAUGCAGCGAGGCCAGCAGACCCCAGAGGGAGCGAAUGGGGCCAGUGGUGGGGAUAGACUGAGCAGGGCAUGAGGUGUUUCUUUCCCUUUGUACAGCUAAGUUGAUGACACUGUUUCUAGAAGUGGACACUGACUGAUAAUUGGGCCACCGAAGAUCCAUCAUUUUUAUGAACAAAAGUUAUUUUUGUGGAAAUAUUUUUCUGAAAGUUUAUCUUUUUUUUUUUUCUGGCUGUGCCGCACAGCAUGCAGGAUCUUAGUUCCCCGACCAGGGGUUGAACCCGUGCCCCCUGCAGUGGAAGUGCGGAGUCUUAACCACUGGACGGCCAGGGAAGUCCCCUGAAAGUUUAUCUUAUAAAAGCACAGGAACCACUGUUUUCCAGAGGCCAUGUCUUUGGGGAAGAAAGAUGCACUGAGAUUUAUUUUUGCAGAAACA